AUGCAGAGUGACCAGUUAUACGCCAUUGCAGGUGACAUUCCGCACCCUGACCUGCAGCUGCCUGCUCCGAGCUUGUCCUUCGACUUUCGGAUGGCAAUCAAGCUGCAGCCCCUGAUCGCGCUGGGCACGGUUCCCGGUGUCGGCCAGCGCAACUGGAUGUCCCUCGACGGCGGACGGUGGAGCGCCACCUUUGGCACGGGCACCGUGGUUACCGGUGGCAACUACACGCAGACGGUUGACCCGCGCACGUUCAGCGUCCGCAUGGACACCAUGUACUUGCUCAAGACGGACGACGAGGUCCCCGCGUACAUCGAGGUCAGAUCCCAAGGCUACCGGACUGGCCCGCGUGACGUGCUUCGCGAGGUGGCGGACCCGAACCAGCCAGCUGUUGUCGAUGCGCGGGCGUACUCGUCGCGGCAUUUUAUCACCAUGGAGACGGGCGACGCGCGGUAUGCGGACCGAGUAAAUCAUAAUAUGUGGGUGGGAAGUGGUAUGAGGAUGGGGGAUGAGGUCAUCUUCGAUGCGUACCGCGUGACGAGAGACUCACACCACAGCACUGCAGCUCGCAUGGGCAGUUUCAGCUUUCAAAACUGA